GGCCUUGCUAUCCGGAGCAGCUGCUACUUUAGACUCGCCGGUGCUGCCGAAGGGAGACCAGAGGCGAGAAGGACCGGGCAGGGGAAAGGGCGCAGGAGGGAGAGCGGGCGCGCAUGCCAGUCGGGACCCUUGGACGGCGGGUGCCCAGGAGGAGGAAGACCUGGCGCGACUCCUCGUCGUCCGCAGCGGCAGCCCCCAUGGCGACCAGAGGACUUUAAAGGAGUUCGGGGGCUUUGGCAGGAUCUGGGCGAUUCCGGAUCCGGCGAUUCUUGCUCUCGCCUCGCCCUGUCAUUGAUGGGAAAUCAACUGGAUCGCAUCACGCACCUGAAUUACAGCGAGCUGCCGACCGGGGACCCCUCUGGCAUCGAGAAGGACGAGCUGCGCGUCGGGGUGGCUUACUUCUUCUCGGAUGAGGAAGAGGACCUGGACGAGCGAGGAGGGCAGCCGGACAAGUACAGCGUGAAAGGCUCCAGCAGCCCCGUCCAAGAGACCCCCACCCACCACCAUCACCACCACCACCACCCUCCGCAGCUGGUGCUGAGCGAGACCCAGUUCUCCGCCUUCCGCGGCCAGGAAUGCAUCUUCUCCAAGGUGAGCGGAGACCCCCAGGCUGGGGAUUUGAGCGUCUACCCGGUGGCGGCCCUGCCUGCCUUGUGCAAGCCGGGCGACCUGCUGGAGCUGCUGUACCUGGGGCCGUCCGACCACCCUCCUCCUCCGCCACACUGGGCAGUCUAUGUGGGCAGCGGGCAGAUCAUCCACUUGCACCAGGGCCAGAUUCGCCAGGACAGCUUGUACGAGGCGGCCGCUGGCAACGUGGGCCGGGUGGUGAGUAGCUGGUACCGCUACCGCCCCCUGGUGGCGGAGCUGGUGGUGCAGAACGCCUGCGGCCACCUGGGCUUAAAGAGCCACGAGAUCUGCUGGACGAACUCGGAGAGCUUCGCCGCCUGGUGCCGCUUCGGCAAACGGGAGUUCAAAGCCGGCGGCGAGCUCCAGCCGCCCUCGGGCUCCCAGCCCCGGGAGCAGCAGUACUAUCUCAAGAUCCACCUGGCCGACAACCAGGUGCACACGUUGCGCUUCCAGAGCCUCGAGGACCUAAUCAGGGAGAAGCGCAGGAUCGACGCCAGCGGCAAACUGAGAGUGAUCAAAGAGCUGGCCAUCGUGGAUGGCAAAGAGUGAAAAGGGGGCGCCUGGGUGGGUGGGGGUCACAGCAGGGAGAGGCCAGCUGUGGUCCGGCCGGCGUGCCCCACCCGGACUCGUCCCCCCGCCACGUGGGUGGCCGCCCUCUUUCUCUCUCGCUCUCCCCCGCCCCACUUUCCCUUUCCGUUCUGUUCCAUCGAGGGGAAAAACCAUGGCAACAUUCCAAGCGAAACCAGCGCCGCUCCUCCGGCUCUCAUUGGCCAGUGCUCGGUUCGCCUCCGACUAACACGAUCACACUAGUGAUAUCUAUCGAAGACGAGGAUGCGGGCGGCGGAAAAGCGGGCGGGGGGUGGGAGGGAGGAGCCAUGCAGUUAGCAAAAGUAUGCGGACAAAGUCACUCCUGGCUAUCGAUGUUGAUCAUAGCUCCCAGCGUGCUUAAUAAAAUUUCAAAUUGA